AUGGAUUCAUCAAGUGUUCAAUGUUCAAAUUGUAAUAAGUAUUUUAAUAACGAUGACAUUAUUAGCGCAUCAACCAAAUGUGGACAUUUGUAUCAUCAAACAUGUUUGAAGGCGAAAUUUGAAAAGGAAUCCCGAUUAUGUGAUGGUAGAUAUCGAUGUCCAGCGACUUGUUAUCCUCGUUAUUGUAGACGUGUGUACUUACAAUUUAAUACUUUCAAUUGGUUACAAGUAAAACCCAAAAUCUUUAAACGUGAUGAAAAGGAGUUUGAGGACAGAGCAUUAAAGUUGGGCACCAAUAAAAAAGGUCACAAUAUUUAUGCCGCUCGUGUUAUUCUUGAAGAUAAAAUUAAAAAAUGUUACUAUAAUGUACAAACCGAACAGAUAUACGCUGAUUUUGAAUGUAAUUCAGAAUAUGUCUCUAAGCCAUAUGAAAUUUUAGAUGUCAGCCAGGAUUCUGAAUAUCAAUACGUUUGGGAAGAUUGCCAACAAACAUCAAGUAAUGAUUAUUUCAAAAAUAAUAAAAAAUUAUUAAGAAUACCGGCCAAAAUGUAA